GGAACCCAGGACUAACUGGGCAUCGCCCUUGACUUGACUGCUUUACUUGCACACACGCCGUCAAGCAUUUAGCUUAGGUUAGCAGCUCCGUCGCAGCCAUGCAGACCAGCAGGGCCUCUAUGGCCCGCAACCAGCCCGCUCGGCUUAUGCCGGGCGCGCCGGUGCGCGGACCCCUGUCUCUGCGCCCUAUGCGCCCGGUGAAGGCUGCUGCCCCCGUCGAGGAGGUUCAGGAGCAAGCCGCCCUGACCUUCAUGGAGGAGGAGCCGGUGCCGAAGGCGUUCCCCUACCCGCUGCCGAAGGACGGCACUCAGCAGUUCCUGUCGGGCAUCCCUCUGCCCCUGCUCUACCCCGGCUUCCUUGCCGCUAUUGGCGCUGCUGGCCUGGCUGGAUCGGUUGUGGGUCGCGCUGCCCCGGUUGACCCCGGCGUGAAGGAGGUGGCCUCCUACGGCGUGGCCGCCGUCGCCGCCGCCGCGACCGCCUACGGUGCCGUACAGGCCAAGCGUAAGCGCGACUCGGUGGCGGUUGUGGAUCUGUACAACGCCAUCGUGGAGCUGCCGGACGCUACCGACCUCACGCCGCAGACCGUGGCGGACGUUGGCUCCAAGUACGGCAUCAACUUCCAGAAGGACGAGCUGGACGGGCUGAAGCGCAUCUACGGCCAAUUCCUGGAGUCCGUGAUCCCCACCGGCGACACGCAGCUCAAGGGCGACGAGGCCAUUAAGGUGGCUGCGUUCAAGGACAUCCUGGGCCUGGCCGACGAGGACGCCGCGCCCGUGCACAUCGAGGUCGGCCGCCGCAUGAUGCGCGAGGGCUUUGAGACCAAGGACCGCAACGCCGUGUUCGAGAAGCGCAAGGCCUUCCAGCGCCUGAUCUACGUGAGCCAGGUGGUGUUUGGCGACCAGAAGGCCGCCUUCCUGCUGCCCUGGCGCCGCACCUUCAACCUCAACGAUGCGCAGAUCUUCGUGGCCCGCCGCGACAACGCCCGCGCCAUCUUCCGCCAGUUCCUGGAGGCCCGCGGCGGCGCCCUGCCCGCCGACAGGCACUUCCUGCGCGAGCUGCGUGAGAAGCAGACCGCCAUCAAGCUGUUCGACGAGACCGCCGCGGAGGUGGUCAAGGAGGCCGCGCGCAAGACCGUGGAGGCUCACCUGUCCAAGGCCGUGGAGCUGUCCAAGGCCACGGGCAAGAUGCGCGACGUCGCCUCGCUGGUGGCUGAGGUGGACGCACUGCUCGAGUACGAGCGCAAGCUGGUCCGGUACGGCUCCGAGGACGACCUGGUGUCUGGUCUGGGUCUGGUCACCAUCCACGGCGGCGCGCUGGACGUGGAGGGCAAGGGCCGCGACAUGAAGGACGUGUUCCGUGCAUGGCUGGAGGAGAAGCUGAACCAGGCGGGCGAGUUCAGCGCCGCGCUGGACGCGGAAGCCGCCGAGCUGGCCACCGUCAUGUGCAUGGGCGCCAAGGAGACGCAGGGUCUGCGUGACGAGGUGUCUGCCAAGCUGUACCGCCGCCUGCUCAAGGAGGAGGUCACCAGCGGCCGCCUGGACGCCGCGGGCAGCCCCGCCUCGGUGCUGCAGCAGCUGUGCGACAAGGUCCGCUUCCGGCCCGAGGCGGCGCUGGAGCUGCACCGGCAGCUGUACAAGGCCAAGAUGGCCAGCCUGCUGGAGUCGCGGCGCGGGCGCGGCGGCCUCACGGACGCGGACGCCGAGGACCUGAAGCGCAUCCGCCGCAUCCUGUGCCUGCCCGCCGACGUGGCCAAGAAGGUCCAGCUGGAGACUGCUGGCAAGGACUUUGAGGAGCUGAUUGGCGAGAUCUACCUGGCGGGCGCCAAGCCGCUGGGCGCCUACGAGGCGGACCGCGUGGAGGCGGCGCUGAAGGAGCUGCGGCUGGACAGCGAGGUGGCGGUGGACGUCAUGGCGCGGAUCACGCGCGAGCGCUUCCGCGGCUACGUGAGCCAGGCCCAGAAGGAGGGCAACCGCGACCGCAAGGAGUUUGCCAGCGCCAUCAAGAAGCUGCUGCAGUUCAACGCGCUCAUGGUGACCCCGCUGCUGGACAAGGUGAAGGGCGUGGACGCCGCCAAGAAGGAGCUGGCGGAGAUGCUCAUGAAGGCGGCGGAGGAGGCCAAGAAGGAGGAGGCCGCCGAGGCCGCCGCCGCCGCUGGCGAGAAGCCGGCCGAGGCCAAGCCCGAGGAGCCCAAGGAGGACGCCGUCACGCAGGUGCGCAAGUCCAUUCAGGCCACUCGCGGCGAGUACACGGAGGAGGAGCGCAAGGCGCAGAAGGAGAUCUCGCUCAAGGAUGACCUGGAGCCGGCCAUGCGUGGCGAGAUCUACAAGAACUACCUCAUGUACAGCAUGAGCGGCGACGUGGUGGAGCUGCCCGUGGGCGGCGUCAUCCGGAAAAAGAGCAACGCGCAGGCCCGCCAGGCCGAGAUGCAGCGCCUGAACUCUCUGGCGGACGUGCUGGGCAUGAGCCAGCAGGAGGUCAUGUCGGCGCAGUCGGACCUGGCGGAGCAGGCCUACAAGGCGCAGGCGUCAGAGGUGAUGCGCAGCGGCCCUCUGAACGAGGAGAAGAUCCAGUACCUGGACGAGAUGCGCACACAGCUGGGCCUGACCAAGGAGACCGGCGACAAGGUGCUCAAGACGGCCCGCCUUGAGGUGUACGGCAGCAGCAGCGCGGCGGAGGACGGCAAGUGGUCCAUUGACCGCGUGCUGGAGCUGCACAAGACGGGCGGCAGUGUGGACCAGCUGCUGGAGGAGGUGACCCGCCGCAACCUGUUCCGCAAGGAGGUCAUCAAGAAGGUCACGGACGGCUCGGGCGAGACGGACGUGUCGUACUUCAAGGAGCUGCUGCCCGCGGCGCUGCAGCUGCCCGAGAACAAGAUCCGCAUCAUCGUGAAGGAGGAGGUGUCGACCCGCAAGCGCAUGCUGCUGGUGCAGGCCGUGUCGCAGUUCCGCCAGCGCCGCGUGAACGAGGCGGUGGUGUCGCUGCAGAACCUGCUCAGCUGCCUGGCGCUCAUGCCCGAGGACAAGCCCAUGCCGUGGAAGGAGCGCAGCGAGCUGCAGGAGGUGUUUGGCCUGUACUGCGCCAAGGAGGAGAGCGAGGCCAAGCGCACGGCGCUGCGCCACGCGCUGGGGCUGACGGAGGCGGAGGCCUCCGAGAUCGCCGUCACCGCCUCCCUGGACGAGGCGGCAGGCGGGCCCAAGAGGUCCGGCGGCCUGGCGGACGACGACGAGGACUUCUUCUAAGCGGCUCGGAUGGCCUCAGAAGACUCCUUCUGAGCAGCAGCUGGAAGGUGUUCGGGAGGCGCGGGAGGGCGUAUGGAAGGGCGGGAGCGGCGCGGCGCGGCGCGGCUACGCGAAGAGGCCGGCGCCGCUGCCGCCGCUGUUUCUGCCGGGGUAGAGCGGCUUGGGGCUGGGAGCUUAGUAGGGCUUGCCGGGGUCGUCCGGCGGCAGGGAUGCGUGCGGCGGAGGAGGAUGGCACGGCAGGCGGGCGGCGGCGGCGGCGCAGCGAUGCGUGGCGGCGCUGCAGCAGGCGGCGGCGUUGGUGGCUGUCGUGCGGCCGUGCGGCGGCGGGCGGACCUUGACUGACCACAGUUGGCGCGUGUUGACCUCCCAGCAACAGCACGCUUGUUGGGGAAUGCAUGGCGGGCGGGCGGGCGGGCAUGGACAGACCGCAUGCUUUAGUCAUUCAGCCAGCCAGUCAGUUGCGACAAUGACCAAGUGACAACAGCGGGAAAACAUAACUCGUGUGCGCGUUUUGGUUUGUUGCUGACCUUGAAGCUGCGUACGGUGUGCGUGCUGGGGCAGCGUUAGCAAUUGCGGCGGUUGCUCGGGCGGUUGUCCGGAGCUUUAGGUGCUUUUGCGCGGGGCUGGGCCGAGAGGGUCGUUUCCUGCGCGCACCCGACACGGCUGUGCGGCUUUUCCGUGAUGGGUGAUCCUAGAAUUGGGCGACGAGCAAGCAACAUAGCGCCAGAAAUGGCUGCGCGAAAGGACGACGACGGACAUUGAGAGUGUGCGGGAGCGGUGUGUGUGCUCGCGUGUGUGGUGGGUAGAGCUAGGAACACAGGACAGGCGUUCGUGCGUGUGUGUGGUGCACUGUGCGCGAGCGGGCCUCGUUGUUGCACUGAGCGGAGUAUGACUUGACGCGUGGCAAGUGCGGUUUGCAUGCGGUGCCCGAAAGAGCGCAGGCGCCGUCGCGUCGCUGCCCGCUUUUCGCGCUGGUCAGCGAACGCGGGCCUCGGGCAAGAGAGCUGGACACAUGCUUGCUAGGUGCAUCAGUGCAUUCGGGAGCCUGUAAACAAGAACAAAUUAAAUCAUGUGACAUGGUGUCUGAGGUUGCUGCAUGCCACGGGCAGGCUCGUGCACGUCUCUAGACUGGGAGCCUGGGACUGGGACCACGGGAAUGCGGGAAAGGCUGGAGGCACUGAAUACGUGGCCUUGCAGCUGCAGAUGGAUCGGAGCUGCCUUGGCUGUGGUUUGAGCGCAGCGUAGGCCUGAAACCUGCAGUCCU